GAAGUGUAACGUAUUAUAGGUGUAAAUGUGUUGGUGUACAAUGCAGGUUAAUGCAGUUGUCAACAUGGCGGAAGCUGGUGUACUUGUUACUAUUUCUGGUCCUGCACUUUCUUUGCUUUUGUACGAAAAUGCACGAAGUAAUGGUGAUCAGAUAGGAUUGCUUCUUGGAAAUGUAUUGACAUUUGUUACGAAAAAAGUGACGGACUGUGAGAGACAAGUAGAGAAAACUGAGCAUCACAUUAAUAUUGAGACAGUUACGGUUUGUUCGAAAGACAUUAUAAAAGAUGGAGUUGGAAGAAUUCAUCCAGAAAGAUUGGAUUCCGUCGUAAGAAAUAUGGAGAAACGUGUAGUCGGCUGGUUUCAUUUUCGUAAACACAAUUUCCUACAACCAACAAUGAAAGAUAAAAUAUUACACAAAGAAUUUGCGUCGUUUUUUUCGAAUUUAACACGUGCACGCGAAGAACAUUUUAUAAUGUUUCUUUUAAAUUCUUCGAUAACGACAAAUUUAGGUACUCAUAAGUUCCGACACGUUUGUCUUCAAUAUUGUCGUGAUUCAUAUCGUCCAGUUGCAAUGAGAGUAAAUAAUUUGGGUGAUGAUGUUGCGUGUCUCGAUGGAUCUGAUUAUAAAUCGGUGCCACAAAGAAGACUCAGAGAAACAAAUUGUUUUACGAAACUUGUUGAUGGACUAAAAUUAAAUCCAAAUAACACAUCGAGUGUGAAAAUGGUGUCAAUAAUUGAAAAAAGAUCGGAAGACUAUUUGCAUGAAAUGAUAUCAGAAGUUUGUCGAUCUGACGAAGAAGUUUCAAAAUUACAGGAAGAAAUUCAUCUAUUGCGAGCUAAAUUGUUGAAAAAAAAUUUGAGAAAUUUUAUUACACAAAUUGAAAAGGCUUCUGAAGUGCAACACAGUAUAGAAAGUGAAAAAAUAUCAACUACAGCUCAAAUUCAUGGUUCACCACGAUCUACACACUCUGAUGAUUUAUUUGAUUCUGAUUCUCCAUCUCAUGUGCCAUUGUCAAAUACGACAUUCCAAAAUCCACACCUGAUGAAAAAAAUGAGUUUUGAAAGACCAAGUCAAUCGCCAGUUUCAAAGGAGAAUCGAAGUUACUCGUACUCGGAAUUUAGUUACAGUGAUAUAGCUCGAAGCGCAAGUAAUAGUUCGCCAGAUAAUACAAAAGGUCGGGGAAGAGGAUUAAAAACAGUGAAUAAAAGUAGUGUGGACGAAAAAUAUUCCACGUCAAAGAGACAAACGACGAAUUCUCCUAAAAAUACAGGUAAAAGAAAUGAACGUCAUUCUAUUGCCGAUUUUGGUUCAAACAGUCAGGAAGAGACAUUUCCCUUAGUUAAUAAAGAACCAACACCUUGACGAAUAAGUUAUUCAGAAAAUUAAUAAUAAGUUCAAGAAUGUUACUAUUUGCCAUUCCAAUUUUGUUUUUUUGUUUUUUAUUUUUUUAAUGAAACAAAAGAUAUACUAA